GGGGCCGGGACCGGCCGGCGGCGGGGGAAGAUGUCGGAGGCGGCGGUGGCCGACACCCGGCGCCUCAACUCCAAGCCGCAGGACCUCACCGACGCCUACGGGCCGCCCAGCAACUUCCUGGAGAUCGACAUCUUCAACCCCCAGACGGUGGGCGUCGGCCGCGCGCGCUUCACCACCUACGAGACCAACCUGCCCAUCUUCAAGCUGAAGGAGUCGUGCGUCCGGCGGCGAUACAGUGACUUCGAGUGGCUGAAGAAUGAGCUGGAGCGAGACAGUAAGAUUGUGGUGCCGCCCCUGCCCGGGAAAGCCCUGAAACGUCAGCUGCCCUUCCGGGGAGAUGAGGGCAUCUUCGAGGAGGCCUUCAUCGAGGAGAGACGGCAAGGCCUGGAGCAGUUCAUUAACAAAAUCGCCGGGCACCCGCUGGCCCAGAACGAGCGCUGCCUGCACAUGUUCCUGCAGGAGGAGACCAUCGACCGCAACUACGUUCCCGGGAAAGUGCGCCAAUAAGGGGAAGCCCCCGCCGGGCCGCCCCCCCCCCCCCGCCCGGACGCUCGCCCUCGCCCGCCCGUCGG